CGCGCUCGCUCACUACAGUCUGCGUGGACCUGGGAGGAGGAUAAGAACCAAUGGAGGAGGUGGAAACGCUCCUUGUGCUCAGAUCGGGAGAGGAAUGUUUUGUGAGAUAAAGAUCGGGAAGCUCGUACACCGUUAGUUAAGGAAAUGAAGGCGAACAGGACGUCGAGGUUGUGAAUUCAGGGUGAAAACCUGCAUGGAUUUUUGUUCUUUGUGACUGGAUUUUUAACUCUGGGCGAUGCUUUACUUGCUAUUGGCCAAUAGACUUUCUACCCGUGACUCCACUGCAAUGAGGCUUUUUCAGACACAUGUGGUUUUGUGUGUUCUGGUAUGGACAGCACAAGCAUCAGAUUUCAAGUCAUCUGUAGACACACAUUUGAAAAGAACACAGACUCAAACAGAGAAAAAACACAUGGAAUUGCAAUCAAACACUUUCGCAGCCAUCUCAGGGAACAGGGCACUUCUUCAGGCGGAUCAGGGAACAAAUUUGUCAAGAUCUGCUGCGAGGAGAGUUUUGAAAGCACGCAGACCUUCAUCUCACACAAGUUCAAUCACACACCCUGUUGAGAAACCCAACGUGCUUCAUGCUCACACAGACAACAAUGCUCCUCGGCAAGGAUCUCCCAACAUCCAAUUGCGUAUGUCCAAUCGCACCAGCUCUGUAAAUAUCCUUGCGAGGUUUGCAGGUAAGAACCGCCUGCUGGUCAUUUCAGCACCCCAUGAGUCAGACGGAUAUUACAGGCUGAUGAUGAGCUUGCUCAAGCCAGAAGUGUAUUGCCAAAUGGCAGAACGCCAUAUGCAGCAGAUCAUCAUGUUCCAUGGAAAGGAAGAAAUGGGUGGCAAAGUCAGAUUUGUGAAUAAUGAUGGCUCGAUUGCUGAGGAACAGUUGGAUCCAGCCUUAGUGCCAAGGCUGAUGAGCUUUCUGAAACUGGAGGAGGGAAAGUUUGGCAUGGUUCUGCUGAGGAAAACAUUGCAAGUGGAGGAAAGGUACCCAUACCCAGUGCAGCUUGAGGCUGUGUAUGAGAUAAUAGACCAGACGCCUAUGCGCAGGCUUGAGAAAGUCAGACAGAAAGGUUUUGUGGAAAGGUGUAAGGCAAGCGGAAUGCAGGGAAAGGUAGUGCAGUCUGUUGGGACAGUUUGGACAGAUGCCAAAAUCAAUGUGGACAGAGGAUCUCAAAAUAUUGAGACAGUAGAAGGUGACAGUAGAAGACCUCCUUUUAAGCCCACCCAGAGUACUACCACACAAUCUACCACAAUCCCAACACCCAAAAUCACUAGAAAGAGAAUAAUUAUACGUACAUCUACUAUAAAACCUGCAACUACAACAGUUGCAGCCACAACUCAGCUUUCUACUACCACUACUUCUGCUGCUAUUACUACUACUACUACUACUACUACAUUACCUACAACUCCGCCUUUGACCACUGUCUGUCCCACUACUUUAUCAACUACAGAGUUGCAUAGACACCCACACACACCAUCACACCGGCACAAAGCCAGACUAAGCACCUUAGAACCCGUUACACACAACCAUCAAAGGGAACACCCAUCCAUUACCUCUGACAUUAUGAUUCAACGCAGAGACAAACACAAAGAUCGGACAGUUAAGAUUUCACCUGGAUCUCGUAGGCAAAAGCCCAUCAAGGACAAACUACCCAGGGGAAAAAACCUUGCAAGGGAACAAAUCAAUGAACACGUAGAGGAGCAAGAAGAAUUAACGCCUACAGUGAGUGAACCGGUGGAGACCCUUCUGGCUACCAAAACAGGAAAGGCCACCCGUGAGAAAGGUGAGAGAAAGAAAAAGACAGGGAGAACUGAGAAGCCUGUGAAAAAGAACAACACAGAGAAAAAAGUGGCAAAACCCUCCAAGGAUGCCAAGGUUAAUCUUCACAACAGAAAUGUGGCUCAGAAAGCAAGCAGCCUUGAGGAUAAAGAUGAUGUUGGCAAGCUUACCAAAAAGCCUGUUGAUACCAAGAGAGCACUAGAAGCAUUUCUUAGUUAUUUUGAGAAAAGGAGACGUCUACUAGUAAUUACUACUCCCAGUGAAAAUAACAAAAUGUACAGUCAGCAGAGGGAUGAGUACCUGGAACAAGUGUGUGACAUGGCUCUGCGUAAAGUCUCCAUUAUCACCAUUUUUGGCCCUCUAGCCAACGGGACUAUGAAGAUAGAUCAUUACCAGAUGGAGCAGGAUAAGCCAGUGCGCAGCUUGCCAGUCAGUGAGCUCAUCAACCAGGAACUCAUCACGGCCUUCCGGAAGGGGCUUGGCAUGGUUUACAAUGACUUCUACAUGGUGCUGACCGACUUUGACAUGAAAGUGAAGCAACAGUAUGAAGUACCUAUUAUCAUGAAGGCAGUGUUUGACUACAUCGACACAUUCUCAACACGCCUCAAAGAGAUGGAGCUUCAAAGGAAGUUUGGAAUUGCUUGCAAGAAAGAAGACAAGUCCAGAACGCUGGAGAAUUUCCUCUCUAGGUUUCGCUGGAGACGAAGGCUGCUCAUUAUCUCCACCCCUGAUGAAGAGGAGUGGGCUUAUCAGCAGCAGCUCCAUGCCCUGACCAGUCAGGCCUGCAACUUGGGGCUGCGUCACAUGUCUGUGUUAAAGCUGGCCGGGAGAGCCAUGGAGGACAUGGGUGGAGUCUUGGAGCUCUAUCCAAUCAAUGGAAGUGCAACGGUGGAGCGGGAGGACCUUUCUGCCUCCCUAGUGCAUGACAUUAGAAAUUACUUCCAGGUCAGUGCGGAUUAUUUCUCCAUGUUGCUGGUGGGCAAAGACGGUAACGUGAAGUCCUGGUACCCGUCACCCAUGUGGUCCAUGUCCAUCAUCUACGAACUGAUCGACUCCAUGCAGCUGCGCAGGCAGGAGAUGGCCAUCCAGCAGUCACUGGGCAUGCGCUGUCCUGAAGAAGAUUACGGUCACCAUGAAGAAUAUCAUGAAGGCUAUCAUCAUGGCUAUGGUUACUAACCCAGUAGAAAAAGAAGAAAAAUACUUCCCUUUGAAGCCUCAGUGACCAUUGAUUUUUUUUCUUCUUCAACCCUAAGGUGCAGAAAGCAGCUAGACUUUGAUAAAUUUGUGACUAAGAUAACACUAUGGUUGUACUCUGUAGCGUUACUCUUAUAUUUCUGAGGCCUUUCUCUUUUUCAGUAGUUGAAUUAUUACUAUCAGUGUUAUAAGAAUUACAAUUUAGUGUAAUUUAAAAGGUUCAGGUACGCUGGCGUCUCACAGCUCCAGGGUUCCUGUGUCAAGCCUGAACUCAGGUGUAGAGUAUGUGCUUCUUCUUCACAUGACUGUAUGGUUUUCCUCUGGUUUCUGUUUUUUUCCAACAACAUGCUGGUAAGCGUAUUGGCUACACUAAUAUCCGCUUAAGUGUCAUGGUGUGCAAAUGGUGCCCUGUAAUGAUGUAGCUGAUGUCCAAUUCAAGGUGUGUUACUGCUUUGUAGCCAGUGGAAUAUUCUCUGGAUCUGAUAAAACCCUGUCCAGGAUGAAGUACAUACUGAAUAGAAAUAAAUGAAUUAUGUACUUUGAAUGUAUUCUUGUUUUUUAAAGUUUUUUACAACAGUGGUUUAAAUAAAUAAUUGUGUUACUCA